UAAAAUUAAAAUAAGACGACCUAAAGGUAUUAGUUACCAAGUCAUAAAAACCUUUAAAAAAAGAUCAAAAGUAAUCAAAACACCCGCUUUGACCAACUUGAAAAUUUUUAAGUUUCAUUUAAUGUAUUUCGUGUCUUCAAUUUCAUCAGAAUAAUAAAUAAACACAAAAAAUGAGUCGUAAGGAAGCUUUGUCCUCGUUUAUACAGCAGAUUCACGGUCGCCCAGUUGUCGUUAAAUUGAACAGCGGUGUUGACUAUAGAGGUGUUCUAGCGUGUUUAGAUGGAUACAUGAAUAUAGCCUUGGAACAGACCGAGGAAUAUGUAAACGGACAGCUGAAAAAUAAAUAUGGCGAUGCAUUCAUACGUGGGAAUAAUGUUCUGUAUAUAAGUACACAGAGGCGAAGAAUUUAGUAUAGAAAAUACAUGUUAGAUUUUAAGGAAUAAAAAUUAAGUUUCUUUUGUAA